AUGCCUACCGAACUGGAAGAGUUAGUCGGCCUAGUCAUCGAUCGGAACCCCCAGGUCCGAGCCAUCGCAGCAGAGCAUUUGGUCCCUUACUCGAUAUCACAACCCAAUAUUUUUAAGGCGGACAACCUCAAGCCAAUUCACAAUUUAAAGCUUUUAAUUAAAGAUCUUCCUCAUAUUGCAGAGCAUAUUGUUACAAUUCUCAUCAAUCUCUCGGCUGACGAUGAAAUACUACAAAAUCUGGUCGCGGAUGAUAAGUUCAUUUCCGAGGUCCUACGGCAGAUAAUCGUCCCAACUGAGCCAAAUGCCAACCUUCUUUCCAUGUUGCUUGCCAACCUCGCCAAGGCAGACUCUUUCAUCUCUAUAGUGUACAAAAAGCAACCUCCGCCAGAAGAGCUCAAAUCCGACGAGUUGGUGAUAAAUCAACUAGUAGAUCUCUUCGUAAAAGAAGCGGCAUACAAUAAACAUGCCGACUUCGAUCAUUUAUCAUAUCUAUUCGCCGACCUCACCAAACAUGCCGAAGUACGCCAUCACUUCGUGCGUAGGCAAGAAUACGACGGAGUCAUUCCCAUCACAAAGCUGAAGGUGUUCACCGAGCACAAGUCAGAUAUACGGCGAAAGGGGGUUGCAUCCACGUUGAAGAACGUGGCCUUUGAUGUCCCGUCACAUCCGCUCUUCAUGUCUGAGAAUGACAUUGACAUUUUACCUUACAUCUUGUUGCCCAUUACAGGCAACGAGGAAUAUGACUUGGAAGAGUCAAUGGCCAUGCUGCCGGAUCUGCAGCUCUUGCCCCCUGAUAAGCAGCGCGACUCGGACCCCAACAUCAUUCAGACACAUGUCGAAACCCUGUUACUCUUAUCGACAACACGCGAGGCUCGAGAGCGAAUGCGUGAAGUGAAGGUAUAUCCGAUUAUUCGAGAGACACACGCGCGAGUGCGAGAUGAGGGUGUCCAAGACGCUUGCGAGCGGUUAGUACAAGUGCUCAUGCGAGACGAAGCCGACGAGAAGCCAGAGUCGCGGGUGGAGGACCUCGGGGAGGUGAAGAACGGCGAACCCGAACUCAGAGGAAAGACAGGCGAUGGUGAUGAUGAUGACGAUGACGACCAGAUAGUCGAGGUGUAG